AUGAAAAUGGUGGAAGAUCUCACUGGCACCAGACCGGGCCCCCGAACAUCCAAAGCAACUUUGGUGAACCGCAUUGAACGUGCCACUCUCGGCGACAAACGCAAGUCUGCCACGGCGCAUAUCUCAGAGCGCCCUGCCAAGCGAGGAUGUCGUACGACGGUGUCGAAAGGACAAGCAGCCCAGAUGAAGUCUAUGCUAAAAUCAGAUGCUGCCUCUUUGGCCCUCCGACACACGCACAAAGAGUUAGAAAAAAUGUGGAAUCGGAUGGGCAUGACCUCGACCUACCCAAAGAUGACCGGGAAGGAGACCGUUAUCUCCAGAAUGAAGGCCUUUGCUGAGCGCAACUUGAUGCACCAUGAACUUGUUUAA